CAGUGUGUGAGGACAAAAUAGGAACAGAACGAUGUGUACGUUACAAGAAAAUCUACGCUGGGAUGGGCAUAAAUCUGUGUGCARGGUCCAUGAAGUCUAGCUGUGCGUUAACCUGCAAACUAUGUAAACCCCCAGCCAUGUGUGAGACUAGUGAAUACGGSUGUUGCUGGGACAAACAAACUCCUGCUAGAGGACCUGGUAAAGAGGGAUGUCCAUAUUGUCAAGAUAGAAAGCGCUCCUUGUGCAAAACUGUCAUUUCAAGAUUAUUGUCCAAUGGACGUGUGACAAAGAAACAAGCCUGUUCUUACGGCUGGAGCACCAGAAAUUGUCCCAAGACGUGUGGAAUGUGCGCGCUUCCUGCUAUGGCAUAUAGUAAAUGUGCAGACAGCUUGUAUGGAUGUUGCUGGAAUUAUAAACCAGCUUAUGGGAUCAGGGGACAAGGAUGUGACGAAUGCGAAGACACCUACCCGCACGCCUGCCGGCAGUUUCAUUUCUAUUGCAAUCAAGAAGGAAUCAACGAAACCUUCAUGAGACURCACUGCCCACURACMUGCGGUCGUUGUAUUAAGGGACAGUUGAUGCUCGAUUAUUAUGUUGCRCAUGCGCCAAAAAUGGAUUAUGCCAGAGCYCUCGUUCUUCACCRCAGGCCAGAAGAAAMGCAGGCUCUGGGUACGAGUAUCAAUACAACUACUGAAACAAGCUGA